GGAAAUGGGAGAAAUUAUAUUCCGGCAAAAAUAAAUAAUAAAAACGCAAACAUGGCGUUGUUCAUGAAGCAAAACUUCUCCCCGCCGCUGCUGUCAAGGAAAUGGGUUGCUAUAAAAUUUAGGCCUAAUGUGUUGCUAUACAGCCGGGAGCACAUCGUCUGUAUAUUAGAGAGUGGUCUGCUUUUCCGAGAGGACAGUGCCACCGUCGAGCAGGAAUGCCCGCCUCCUGAAAAGGUGUGGGCGGCGGCGGGCGGCGGCGGGUGGGGGUGGUGCACGCGCGGGGAGCGCGGCGCGGCGCUGCUGGCCGUCGGCGCGUGUGUGCUCGCCUUUCCGCCCAAAACGUUAUCCCGCGGUGCGCUGGGCCGCGUGGCCGCCAGCCUCGCGUGCGGCGUGCUCGCCCGCGGCCUGCUGCGCCGCCGCGCGCGCGCGCUGGCCCGCCUCCCGGCGCUCUGUGACGUCAUGCGCCGCUACCUGGCGCUCGCGCGGCGCGCGCAGGCCUGCGUCCGGGACAACGCGCAACACAACACUCUGGGUUCGGUCUCGCAAGCACUGCAAGCCACACACGAGCUGCUCUGUCGCCAGCAAGCGGCCCUGGCGACGCUCAUGUCGCGCGCGUCGGUCGCGUUGCUAGGCAACGCGCCGUGGCUGAGGGACGACCUGGCCUGGGCCGAGCUGCCGGAUGCCACGGAUCCUGUGCAGAAGAUCCACCACGCGUUCCUAGUGGUCCAGUCCACUUUGCUGAAGCACAUCGCAAUGGCACACUUUACACAGCCGUUACACACCCAACACGUCUACAAGAAUCACAACGAACGGCUACACUGGAUACACACAGUACUAUUACAACACCUCCUUGAAGAGUUCGAAGAAAACUAUGAAGCUUUGGACCGUAUGUAUAGAAUAUUCAAGAAUUAUGGUACCAAAGAUGUAGAAAGGAAAACCUUCCCCGUGAACGAUAGGUGGUUGUACUCUGAGGUCCAUAGCGGAGUCGCUAGAACUUGUCUAGAUUUAAAAAUGGCACUUGAAAAGUGUACUAAUCUAGACAUGUUUCUAGACUCCUGUGCUAUUAAUGACCAGGAGCUAGAUUUAGAUGUGCUUAAUGAAGAUAUUGAUAAUCUAAUUGAUGAAUUAGCUAAGUGUUUAAACACUAUGCAAAGCUCUCAAAUUAGGCUGAAGAAGUUGCAAAGAAAAUUUAAUGUUCAAGAAGAGAGGAAGGAAGAAAGUGUUUCGGAAGAAGAAGUGGUUUUGAGAUUAGAAGAUAAACCGGUUGAACCUAAAGAUGAAGUAUUCUAUUUGAUCAAAACUGAGGAAGAUAAUGAAAGGGAAGAUAUAGCUGAUGUGACGACAGCCCCGGGCAAGAAAGAGAGGGAAGCAACGAAGUUUAUGCUAAACGAGUUAAAGAGGAAACUAGUGAAGAGAGAAGACGUUAUGCGAGAGAGGGAGAGGCAAGCUUUAGUCAAAACUAUGCCUGAAUUGAAAAUCGUUCCUGAAUUCCCGAGACAGAUGGAGGACUAUACUGACAAGAAGGGGUUUAUAAAGAAAAUUAUCAAAGACAGUAAUAAGGACAGACUGUUCAAAGAUUAUAAAAUAGGUUCUAAGACAAAACGUAAAAGGAAAUAUAAGUUUAAUGUAAAUAAAUAUGAAAGCGAAUCUGAAAUUAAAGAUACAUUAGAAGCGAACGCUAAAUUAAGCGCUAAAAGUAAAAUUGUAAGCAUUUCUAGUAAGAAUAAAGAAUUGAUUCUCACGAAAUGGAAUAAAAAAGAAUCUAAACCUGAAACGAGCUAUUCUUCAGAGAAAGAUACUGAAGGAUCUUUCAGUCAAGCGUUCAAUAAUACUGUCAAUAACGCUGUCAAUAAAACAAUCAACGAAGCUGUCAAUAAACUACAUACAAAACCGGAAUCGAGCUACUCAUCUGACAAAGAAUCCGAAGCCCAAGCGGUCAAUAAUACUGUCAAUAAAUCUAUCGAUAAAACAGUCAAUCAAGCAAACAAUCAAAUAAAAUUCACAAAAAAAGAUUUAGAUUUCUCCACAUCAUCUGAAAGCGAUUAUGACCACGAACACCAGAUGGCGUUGUUGAAAGAUAUAAGAAGGCAUAGAGUUGCCAGGAAAAAAAAUCAUCCUGUCAAACGCGUGUCCAUAGACAUUGUAGACGAGAGUUUGAAGCCCAUAGAGUACAGUUUUGGGACUGGUAUGGCUAUGGCGUCUGUGUUGCAAGUUAACAAUUUGAAAAUAAUGCCCAAUAUGGGGGCUGAGGAAGUUUUCAUUGGGGAUGGGGAGGUGUCCAAUGAUAGCGGUAACGAUGAAGAUGCUUAAUUUUGUCUAUAGAUUUAUAUUAAUUAAAAAAAUAUGAUGUUAAGAAUAAAACUUUUAUG